CGACCUCGCUGUCCACAGCGACGCCCGGACGACCUCGGACGACCUCGGGCAACCGACAAUUGUCUCCCAACUCACACGGGGAACGGUCCCGCUGGUGUCUCACGCCCAUCAAUCUUUCCAGGAGAUAACGCGGGCUAUUUCUAGGCGGUACUUACCCACUCGACUCACCGUUCAACCGCUCGUCGUUCAUCGCGUCGCUCGUCGUUCUGUGCGUCCACCACCAGCAUGGCGGUGUGCAACGACGCGAGCUUGACCUCGUUGUCGAACGCGUGCGUACGCGGCUUCUGGGCCGCGGUCGUACCGUUCGCGUUCGUCGGCCUUGCUCUUCUCAGCUUCACUCCUCCUGCUCGCGUUCUCCUCCGUAUCGCGAAGAAGCCUCUCACCAACUUCAUGCCUUUGCGCGAAGCCGAAGCGUUGAUCACCGGAGAUGACACCCUAGUAGACGAACAGGAGGAUACGGCUCCGCUCUGGCGUACGCUCGUUCUCUCUUCCGUCUCCCUCACCGAGUCCUUGCUGUGGGUAGGGGUCGGAUGCUAUAGUCUCAUCGUCAACCCCGAAGACACAUGGAACGGAGUGCGCGACUUCUUGGUAUCCACGACCUGGUUUUAUGCUGCUCUUCGCCCCAUCUUGAAGCCUCCCGCGACGGCCCCGCGCGACUUGCUCGUGCUGUUCGGGCUUCACUUUGUCCUUGGGCUCAUCACCUUCUUCGGGCACCUGUACGACAGCUAUGUUUACGAACUGCCGCUGCCUCAGCCUGUUCUGUUGACCACGGAGAUCGUGAACUUGCUUGCCGUGGCUGGAGUGUUCACCGCCGUUAUGAGCAUGCCGCUUGCGCUUCCGAACAAGCGGAUCAAGAAAGAGGAGAUUGGCAAGACAGUCUCCCCCGAGGACUACACGACGGUAUGGGGUUGGGCCUCCUUCCGCUGGGUCAUGCCCCUGCUCAACCGUGGGACCUACAAUACGCUGAACGAGUCGGACGUAUGGUCGCUCAGCCCGACCAUGCAGGCGCGUCCGUUGCACAUCAAGUUCUCGCGCUCCACCGGCAAGCUUCUGCGGCGCAUUUGGGCGACUAACUCUCUCGACCUCGUCCUCGAUUUCGUUCUCACUUUUGUGAGCAUCGUGUUCAAUUACGCGGGACCGUUCUUCUUGAAGCGUAUCCUCGACUCGCUCGAAGUAGACGGGCGGACGCCGGAGAAAAGGGCGCUCGCGUUCGUGUAUGCAUUCCUCGCAUUCGCGAGUUCCCUCUGCAAGGCGCAAGCUGACGUUCAACAUCUAUGGUUCGGCCGGCGCGCCUGCACGCGUAUCCGCUCGGAGCUCAUGGCGUCCAUUUAUGACAAGUCGCUCAAGCGGAAGGACUUCUCCGGAAUUGUUGACAAGGACGCUGGAGAAAAGAAGGCUACGAAAAUCAGCGUGAAGCCAGAUAACAAGGCCGACGAUCCCAAGGCGGGCGCGGACAUUGGUAAGAUCGUCAACUUGAUGGCGGGUGACGCGAACCGCGUCUCGAUGACGGUGUCGGCAAUGUACUUCUUGUACGGAGCGCCUUUCGAAAUCAUCAUUGCGAGUCUCUUCUUGUAUCAGCUGCUGGGCUGGUCUGCGUUCACAGGUUUCUUCGUACUUGUGCUGAGCUGGCCGCUGAACAACUUCGUCGCGAGGCGGUCGGUGCGCAUCCAGAAGGGUGUGUCGACCGCCCGCGACAAGCGCAUGGGUGUUCUGAACGAGCUGAUCGGCGCGGUCAAGUUCAUCAAGUUCUUUGCUUGGGAGGACCGGUGGAUCCAACGGGUCCUGGAUGCGCGUGAGGUCGAGAUACAGUGGAUGAUCAAAGCACGUAUCAACGGCAUCAUGUUUUCCCUCAUCUGGACGUGCGCCCCGAUUCUCGUCUCGGUCUCAGCGUUCUUCGUGUACGUCGCAUCGGGCCACGAGUUGACAAUUGGUACCGCUUUUACGGCGAUUGCUCUGUUCCAGAUGAUCCGUACUCCUCUGAACGUCAUCCCCGCGUGGAUCGUCCAGCUGUUACAGACAAAAGUAGCCAUGGACCGUAUCGCCAUGUACCUCGAUGAGGAGGAAGUCGACGAACAGGUCUCGACUCUGAAAAAGGGUCAUGUUCAUCCCUCGGAGGAGACCGACGCCGGGCUCGGGAUCGUCAACGGGACCUUCAAGUGGAACGAGGUUGAGCAGAAGAAAGAGGACGACAAGGGCAAGGGCAAGGAUGCCCCGAAAAAAGCUAACGGAUCAGACAGUACGAACGGUGCAAACGGCGCUGGACACGACUCGCCGCCCUCUGACGAGACCGCGACGCUCGCCGACAGCGCGUCCGCUAUGGCUACCAACUCGAGUGACCACCGGUUUGAGCUCAGAGAUAUCACCGUUCUGUUCCCUGAGGGGAAGCUCACUGUAGUCACCGGGCCGACGGCGAGCGGGAAGACCGCGCUGCUGAUGGCGCUCCUGGGCGAGCUAACGACGCUCGAGGGCCGCAUCGUGAUGUCCAAGAACGCUUCCAAGGUUGACGAACACGGGUUGGCGCAGACGAUCUCGUACGCGGCACAGUCUCCGUGGUUGCGCCACCAGUCUAUCAAGGACAAUAUCCUGUUCGGGUACCCGUAUGACGAAGAGCGUUAUAAGGCCGUGAUAGAGUGCUGUGCGCUGAAGCCGGACCUGGAGAUGCUCGAGGAUGGCGACGCUACUGAGAUCGGUGCACGAGGUGUCAGUUUGUCUGGCGGACAGAAGGCUCGUGUGGCUUUAGCACGAGCCGUCUAUGCUCGCACCAAAUACGUGCUCCUGGACGAUCCGCUUAGUGCAGUGGACAGUCACACGGCUCGGUUCCUCUACGAGAAAUUGCUCAGAGGACCUUUGCUCGCAAACCGUACCGUCGUUCUGGUUACCCAUCAUGUCGAGCUUGUACUCCCGGGCGCACACUACCUCGUACGCCUACUAGACGGGCGCAUUGAUACUCAGGGUACGGUACAGGACCUUCGUGCAAGUGGCGUGCUCGACGACAUCACACAAGUGGAGGAGAUCGAGGCCCACAAGGAAGAGCAGGCUGUGGAAGAGGCUAAGGUAGAGGAAGACCCCGAUGCGGAAAUCGACGCGGUGGUGGCCGGCGAGACCGAGGCGGCAAUCAAGAGCAAGAAGAAGCCGAGGAAGCUCAUCGAAGAGGAGCACCGCGAGACCGGCGGCGUGAAGUGGAACAUCUACAACACCUAUCUCAAGGCUUCAUCCUACAUCACAUGGGCCAUCCUCUUCUCCCUGAUAAUCAUGACACAGAUACUUGGUGUCGGGGAGAAGUUUUGGAUCAAGAUCUGGGGUGAAGCAUAUGGCGAAGCCUCGGGCGAGCCGCUGCAGUUCUCCUAUUCCUACCGCGACUACGCGGAACACCAGCAGGUCCUCGACAACAGCUUUUCGGCGUUGCAUCACGCCACCAUGGCGCACAACCCAAGCGUUCCCUUCAACAUGUCCCAGAUCAAGUUCCCGCCCGCCCGGGACCACCCGUACUUCUACAUUGGCAUCUUCGCCGCGAUCUCGUUGUCUUCGGGGAUGGUAAACGUCCUGGGUUCGAUCACCCAGGUUACGGGCGCUUUGAGGGCUUCGAGGAUCCUGUUCGACAAGCUCCUCAGGACGGUGGUGAGGGCGACGAUGAGGUGGCACGAUGUGACGCCGCAGGGUCGCAUGCUGAACCGUUUCAGCAAGGAUGUCGAGACCGUCGACACUUCUCUUGCCGGAACCCUGCAGUCGGUGAACCAGUCGCUUGCGCUGUUUGCAGUAUCAAUGUUCACUGUCAUUGCCGUGUUCCCGCUUUUCGUCUUCCCCGCGGCAAUCCUGGGCUUCUUCUACCGCCGUGCCGCUAUCGCCUACCUGAACACCGGGCGCGACAUCCGGCGCAUGGAGUCGAACACGCGCAGCCCGAUCUUCGCGAACUUCAGCGAGCUCCUUGAGGGCAUCGUGACCGUACGCGCGUUCGGCGCGGAGCAGCGCUUCCUCGACGACUUGUACAAAAAGGUCGACCUGACGACGCAGAUGUGGUACACGUUCUGGAUGACGAACCGCUGGCUGCUGCUGACGUUCGACACGCUGGGCGCGACGGGUAUCCUCGCGACGACGCUGUUUGCGCUCUCUGGAUACGUCGACGCCGGUCUGGCGGGUGUGUGUAUCACGUCGGCGAUGUCGUUCACGAACAGCGUGUACUGGGCGUGCCGUUUCUGGACUGCGCUGGAGCUCGACUUGAACUCCGUUGAGCGUGUGGUGGAAUAUCUCGAUCUCCCGCAGGAGCCCGCCGCCAUCAUCGAGUCCAACCGUCCCCCUGCAUACUGGCCCUCAUCGACUAGUACCAAUAAGGACAGUUUGCUCGUCGUGGAGGAUCUUGUGAUCAAGUAUGCGCCCGAGCUGCCCGCCGUCAUCCAGGGCAUUUCCUUCUCUCUGAAGGCGAAGGAGCGCGUGGGUCUGCUUGGUCGCACCGGUAGCGGCAAGUCGACGCUCGCUAUGAGUCUCCUGCGAUUUGCCGACCCCGCUAGCGGUCGCAUCGUUAUAGACGGGAUCGACAUUAGCACGAUCGGUCUGCAUGAUCUGCGUUCGCGCCUCACUUUCAUCCCACAAGAUGCAACGCUCUUCUCUGGCACGCUGCGCGACAAUCUGGAUCCUUUCAGCGAGCACACGGAUGCGGAGUGCUUGGAUGUACUCAACCGCGUGCAGAUGCUCACGGAUAGCCAACUGGCUUCGCAGCAUGCUUCUCGCGAGGCCUCUAGGGCUGCGUCUCGUGCAGGCUCUCUGCCUGAGCACGAGCGCGAGCCGACGAUUGCAUCCGUCUCCACCUCGCCCACCGAGACGGAGGGCAAGACGGUCAUCACACUCGACACCCAGGUGUCUCCUGGCGGAACAAACUUCUCGCAGGGCCAGCGGCAGCUCAUCGCAAUGGCGCGCGCGCUGCUCCGGCGCAGCGCGAUCAUCAUCUUGGACGAGGCGACGAGCAGCAUCGACUUUGCGACGGACGCAAAGAUUCAGGCGACGAUCCGGGAGGAGUUCGGCGACUCCUUGUUGCUGACUGUUGCGCAUCGUCUGCGCACGGUCAUCGACUACGACCGGUUGAUCGUUCUCGACAAGGGUGAACUCGCCGAGUUCGACACGCCCCUGAACUUGAUCCAAAAGGAGGGCGGUAUCUUCAGGAGCAUGUGCCUAAAGAGCGGUACCUUCGCGGAACUGGAGGCUGCGGCGAAGGAGAAGGCGGAGCGGGAUCGCCAAUUGGCGGCGUGAGGAUACUGACUGUUUGGAUUUGGAUGUUUUGGUCAUGGAUUGUUGUCAUUAUUUAUCUCGAGUCUCAUUAGACCCAUGGAGUGUUUUCCAU